AUGGCAUUACAUGAUAUUCCUAUUGAUGUAUUACAUGAUGUAAUUCAAGACCCACAAUUUAGAACUGAAUGGGAUGGUUCAAUGAAAGAACAACAUCUUGUUGAACAAAUUGAUGAAAAUACAGAAAUUGGUUACUAUAGUGUAAAAAUGCCUUUUACAGUAGCUAACCGUGAUUGGGUUAAUAUGAGAUCAUGGUGGUUCAAUGAAGAUAAAUCUUUGUAUAUUAUUAUGAAUCAUUCAGUAGAACAUGAUAAAGCACCUGUUGACAAAAAUUUUGUUCGUGCUCAAAGUCUUAAAACCGGUUAUAUUAUUGAAAAAACACCAGAGGGAACGAAACUUAGUUUCUUUAGUUGGAACUCAUGGAAUGGAUGGAUUCCUACAUGGGUUGUUAACAAAGCUACUAAGAGUAUGAUUGGCCAAGUCAUCGUUGACUUAAAAAAGGCUUGUACCAAAUAUCCAGAAUGGAAAAAAAAUCAUUGUCCUGAAGAAAAGUAUUGGAUGAGUGAAGGCAAAGUUAUUCUCGAAUCAAAAAAGAAACAAGAAGAAUAA